CGCUAUUUAAAGGGGAAGCAACAUGGCACGCGCUUUAGUCAAACAGGAAUCUGUCGAGUGGGAGAUGCAGAAGUCAACAGACCAAAGCAAGACCUUUGUUUACACAAAGAAGCGGGGGUAUGAUGUUACACGCAACCCCCAUCUGAAUAAGGGGAUGGCCUUCUCCCUGGAGGAGCGCUUGCAGCUGGGCAUUCAUGGCCUGUUGCCACCCUGCUUCCUCAGCCAGGAUGUGCAGGUUUUGCGGGUCCUCAGGAGCUACGAGCUAUUAAAAGAAGAUUUGGACAGGUAUGUCUUUCUAAUGGGCCUUCAGGACCGUAACGAGAAGCUGUUCUACCGGGUGCUGACCUCAGACAUAGAGAGAUUCAUGCCAAUUGUGUACACACCUACCGUUGGCUUGGCGUGCCAACAGUACGGCCUGACCUUCAGGAGACCGAGGGGUCUUUUUAUUACGAUUCAUGACCGCUCUCACAUCCCCACACUUCUUCAGAGCUGGCCGGAGAAGGACAUUCGUGCUGUAGUGGUGACAGAUGGAGAGAGGAUUCUGGGCCUGGGGGAUCUGGGCUGCUAUGGCAUGGGCAUCCCUGUGGGUAAACUGGCCCUGUACACCGCCUGUGGAGGAAUGCCGCCUCAACAGUGUCUGCCUGUUAUGCUGGACGUCGGCACAGACAAAGAGGAACUUCUGAAAGACCCACUGUAUAUUGGUUUGAGGCAUAAAAGAGUACGUGGACAGGCCUACGAUGAGCUUCUGGAUGAAUUUAUGAAGGCAAUCACAGACAGGUAUGGGAUGAAAUGCCUUAUCCAGUUUGAGGAUUUUGCCAAUAUUAAUGCCUUCCGCCUGCUGAGUAAAUAUCGCAACAAGUACCUCACAUUCAAUGACGACAUCCAAGGCACCGCUGCUGUGGCUGUGGCAGGACUACUGGCUGCCCUUCGCAUUACCAAAAGCAAAAUGUGUGACCAUACCAUUGUCUUUCAGGGUGCAGGCGAGGCUGCAAUGGGCAUAGGUGAGCUGAUUGUUAUGGCAAUGGAGAAAGAGGGUCUUCCUCGUGAGCAGUGCAUAAAGAAAAUCUGGAUGGUGGACUCUAAAGGACUUAUCGUUAAGGGUCGAGAUCACCUCACCCAUGAGAAAGAGAGGUUUGCACAUGAGCAUGCACAAAUGAAGAAGCUUGAGGAUGUUGUAAAGAAGCUGAAACCCACAGCUAUAAUUGGGGUGGCAGCAAUCGCCGGCGCUUUCACGGAAGAGAUAAUCAAGGCCAUGGCAUCCUUCAAUAAGAAUCCUAUUAUCUUCGCUCUCAGCAACCCCACCAGCAAAGCUGAGUGUACAGCUGAACAGUGCUACACACUCACCGAGGGAAGGGGGAUAUUUGCAAGCGGAAGUCCUUUUGAUCCAGUAACUCUUCCUGAUGGGAGGAAAUUCUACCCUGGUCAGGGAAACAACUCGUAUGUGUUCCCUGGAGUGGGGCUGGGAGUCACUGCUUGUGAAAUGAGACACAUCCCUGAGGAUGUUUUCCUUGUUACAGCUGAGGCUAUAGCAGAACUGGUGACUGACAAGGAUCUCGCAGAGGGUCGUCUGUAUCCUCCUCUCAGCAGCAUUCGGGAAGUUUCCAUCAAACUGGCUGUGAAGAUCGUGGAGUAUGCAUAUAAGCACAAAAUGGCUGCGCUGCACCCAGAACCGCAGGAUAAAGAUGCUUUCAUCCGUUCACUCAUCUAUAGCACAGACUAUGAAGAGUUUGCUGCGGACUCAUACAGCUGGCCUGAGAAUGCCAUGACCGUCCAAACAUGUAAACUAUGACCACCCAAAAUACACAGACCACUGUGAGAUUCAUAAAAAAAUCAUAAUAAGAUGAAAUUUAUUUUUAAAAAUCUGUUUUAAGUGUGAUGUUAGUAAUGAUUAUAUACAAACAGUACUGUAAACCAAAUAUAUCCUUAAUAAAAUGUGAACUUUAUGA